AUGGAUGUUUAUCCCAUCCAUGUCUUAUUCUCCAUUGCCAUAUUCUUUUUAUUGUCAAGUUCUGCUGCGGUCGAUACACUAUCUGCAAACCAACGAAUCCAAGAUGGCAACACCAUUAUUUCAGAUGGUGGGAUGUAUGAACUAGGAUUUUUUAGCCCCGGAAUGUCCAAGAAUCGUUACCUGGGGAUAUGGUACAAGAAGAUUUCAACUGGUACAGUUGUGUGGAUUGCUAAUAGGGAGACACCAAUCGGUGAUACAUCUGGGGUGUUUGAAGUCAGUAGAGAAGGAAACCUGUUGAUUCACAGUGGUGAUAAUACCUUGAUCUGGUCAUCCAACUCGACUGUAUCUGUCGGGAAUAAUAAUCCCGUGGCACAGCUUCUGGACACCGGAAAUCUUGUCCUGUGGAAUGAAAGUUGCAGCAAAGAAAAUCCGAUCUGGGAAAGUUUUGACUAUCCUGGUAACACAUUACUACCAGGAAUGAAAUUCGGGAAAGAUUUGGUAACAGGAAGAGAGAGAUAUUUAACAUCUUGGAAAAGCCUUGAUGAUCCUUCUACAGGUCUUUAUAAACACUAUUUAGACACAAAUGGGUAUCCACAGCUAUUUGAAGAAAAAGGUCGGGUUAAACAUGCAAGGCAUGGACCAUGGAAUGGUCUUGGGUUUAGCGGUUUUCCUACGGAAAACACAAAUCCAAUUUAG